GAGAAAAACCACAGUUAUGUUGUUUCCUCCUUCACUGAGUUGAAAGCUUAUGAGUUGUUGACCAGGUCACCCAUCCAGUUUGUCAACUACAACAAAAGGCAGAUGAGCCGAAUUUAUCCCAAAGGGACUCGGAUAGAUUCAUCUAACUAUAUGCCACAGAUGUUCUGGAAUGUUGGGUGUCAAAUGGUGGCAUUAAACUUUCAGACAAGUGAUGUCCCCAUGCAGCAGAACAUGGCUCUGUUUGAAUUCAAUGGGCAAAGUGGUUAUCUUCUUAAACAUGACUUCAUGUGUCGUCCAGACAAGCACUUUGAUCCUUUUUCAGUGGAUCGGAUUGAUGUAGUUGUGGCAAGCACUUUGUCAAUCACCAUUAUUUCUGGCCAGUUCCUUUCAGAGCGCAGUGUCAAGUCAUACGUAGAGGUAGAACUGUUUGGCCUACCAGGAGAUCCAAAGCGUAGAUACAGAACCAAAGUGACACCAAAUGCCAACUCAAUCAACCCUAUAUGGAAUGAAGACCCUUUUGUGUUUGAAAAGAUUUUGAUGCCAGAGUUGGCUUCUCUCAGAAUUGUAGCUUUGGAAGAAGGUGGGAAGUUUAUUGGUCACCGCAUUAUCCCAGUUACUGCUGUGUGCUCUG